AUCGACACCAUUGUCAUUCCCCCUCCAGUGGUGGUGGUGUUAGUCUGGUUUUGAGCCACCCAAUUACCCCCGACUUGUAAUCACCUCUUUCCAAAACUUAUCACACUUUGACUCUUCAAAUUCCUUCCUUCCUUCCCUCCCUCCUCUCUCCCCCCCUCCCUCUUGCCUACCCCCCUUGGCAGCCCCGGUAUCUUUCAAAGCACCACCUAAACCAACCUUGUUCCCCCCCGCCGCACAACGACGACUACACAACCUCGAUCACAACUCGCAAGUCUUUUUGGUUGCUGCCUGCUCUCGACAACUGCUACUCCAUCACAAACCACACGACGACCAUUUGAACACCUGGCAACAAGCCACCCGCCGCAUUACAACAAAGCACAAACACGGCCCCGGAAGACGCCCUUGCCCGCACCAACGCCGCGGCUCGUUCACCUCUAAGCCAUUCCCGUCCCAGCCACCACCACCCACUUCCACAUGAACACCAUCACCGUGUGAGCGCCCGUCCCCCCUCCCAGUCCCCCUCCCCCGCCAAAUCGCCAUGACCGACCAGCGCGGCGGGGCUGCUGCCGCUGCCUCCUCGUCCUCGUCGGGCUCGACCUCUGCCAGCAGCGGCGGCGCAGGACAAGCAGCGCGUCCACCGUCGUCGGCAACGCCGCCGCCACCACCCUCCCAGGCCUCUGCAUCCACCGACCCUUCGACACCCUCCAAGCCAGAGGUUCCAUGGGCCUUUAUCGACUGCCCCACAGAUACGCUCGUCAUUCUCAUCGCACACAUGCUCGACCUCUUGUGCCAGCACAAUGACCAGGUCGUCUUAACCCCGGACGCUCUCACACGUUUCCACUCCAGGGCUUCCCCAGGCAUUAGCGUCGUCGAGUAUCUGCGGCGUAUCGUAAAGUACACCAACCUCGAGAAAAUCCCUCUUCUUUCGCUUCUUGCGUACAUCGACCUCACCUGCCAGAACCUGCCCACGUUUACACUCUCGUCCCUCACUGUCCAUCGAUUCCUCAUCGCUGGCGUCACAGCGGGCUCCAAAGCUCAGUGCGACGUCUUUUGCACAAACUCGCACUAUGCCAAGGUCGGCGGUAUCAAGGUCGGAGAGCUCAAUGCCUUGGAGCGCGAGUUCUUGAGAGUCACCGGAUGGGCCCUCUGUUGCAACGCCGACCUCUUGCAACGAUACUACUCGUCCCUCAUCAGAUCACAUGGAGGGUACACCCAAGCGCCAGAACCAGAAGUGUCGCCAUUCCUCCCCUUCCCCAACUCGGUCGACAAGCUUGCCGAGGCUGCCGAGUCCGCCCCAGAUACGCCCGUCGAGGACGGCGCAUUGAUCGAACAAGACGAGCCGGCAGAAGAAGAAGAACACUCGGCCGGACUCGACGCCGAUGGGGGCGAAGCUGUCACCGACGACGUCAACCACGCCGUCCCUGGAGGGAUAGGUGGUGGCAACCCUGGCCACGGCACCAACGUCAUGGUCCUUGAUUCACCCUCACAGCCUGCGGCGCAGCAACCAGCAGAAAGCAUGGAGGUCGAUUCGCCCACAGUUCGGCCGUCGUCUUCGUCCGGCCCUCCGCCGCCAGCAGCGACAGGGCCGGCACCGGAUGGAGUUCACAGCCCCGAGGCUCAACACGCCGACCAUCAUCACAGAGGCACCCUCAAAUCGUUCGUCGGUGGAAUCUUCAGAAGACGCGAAGACAGCUCGAGCGGCUCGGCGUCGGCGUCGGGACACUCGAGUGACAAGCAGGCCGCUCACUCGGACAUCCGUGGCCGUCCAUUGUCGACAGCGCCAGAUCCGCAACGACUAUCUGUCCCAGCGCCUACCGGCCAGCCAAAGCCAGUUACACCAAGGGUCCGAACGCGCGAUGAGCGGAGUGUAGAGAGCCUUCGGACGAGGGUUGGUGCGGCGGCGUUGACAUCACCGAGGAUAAGCGUUGACGACGGGAAGCGACGAACACGGGUCGAAUGAAGGCAGUGAAGGACUGGGAUCUCUGGAGGCUGACAAGCAGGCAUUGGCUUGCCCGCCGCUCGAGGAGCACAGUUGUAUCAGGUAGCAGCUAGCAAGCAAGGCAUAAUAUACUUUUAUGUCAUCCGGUG